AUGUUCAUGGCCUCCCGCAUCCAGACCCGCGCCUUCUCGGCGUCGGCGAGAAACCUCUCCAAAGUUACCGUCCUUGGUGCCGCUGGCGGCAUCGGCCAGCCGCUCUCCCUCCUCCUGAAGCUCAACCCGAGAGUCACCGAGCUCGCCCUCUACGAUAUCCGUGGUGCCCCUGGCGUUGCUGCCGAUGUGUCUCACGUCAACACCAAGUCAAACGUCAAGGGCUACGAGCCGACCCCCAGCGGCCUGGCCUCCGCUCUUAAGGACGCCGAGGUGGUCCUGAUCCCCGCCGGUGUUCCCCGCAAGCCCGGCAUGACCCGUGACGACCUGUUCAACACCAACGCCUCGAUCGUGCGCGACCUGGCCAAGGCUGUUGCCGACUCGGCCCCCAACGCCAACAUCUUGGUCAUCAGCAACCCCGUCAACUCGACCGUGCCCAUCUGCGCCGAGGUCUUCAAGGCCAAGGGCGUCUACAACCCCAAGCGCCUCUUCGGUGUGACCACCCUCGACGUCGUCCGCGCCUCGCGCUUCGUCAGCGAGAUCAAGAAGACCGACCCGGCCAACGAGAACAUCACCGUCGUCGGCGGCCACAGCGGUGUCACCAUUGUGCCUCUCUUCAGCCAGAGCAACCACCCCGAUCUUUCCUCCAACGCCGAGCUCGUCAACCGCGUCCAGUUCGGUGGUGACGAGGUUGUCAAGGCCAAGGACGGCGCCGGCUCCGCCACCCUGUCCAUGGCCAUGGCCGGUGCCCGGAUGGCCGAGUCGCUCCUCCGCGCCUCGCAGGGCGAGAAGGGCGUGAUCGAGCCCACCUUCGUCGACAGCCCGCUCUACAAGGACCAGGGCAUCGAGUUCUUCAGCUCCCAGGUCGAGCUCGGCCCCAACGGUGUUGAGAAGAUCCUCCCCGUCGGCAAGGUCGACGCCGCUGAGGAGAAGCUCCUCGACGCUUGCUUCACCGACCUCAAGAAGAACAUUGAGAAGGGCAAGGCCUUUGUCGCCGAGAACCCGGGCAACUAA